UGACUAACGAGAAUCGUAUUGAGGAGCUGGCAACACUGGUGUCGAACGUGGCGACCGGUUUGUUGGUUGGUUGGUUAUCUAACGUGUCCUGCGAUCGUGACAUUGCGCAUCGACUUGUGCUCGCGUACACGAUGCUUUCUUCGAAGAUUGGAAUUGCCCUGUGUUGUUUCCUCUUAUCGUUCGUUCAUUCUAGCUGGGGUCUCUACUUCCACAUUUCCGAAACGGAACGGAAAUGCUUCAUCGAAGAAGUUCCCGAAGAGACACUGGUUGUUGGAAACUACAAAUGUCAGCUGUUUGACCCUAAGACAGGCGGCUUCAUGGUGUCGAGCCCGGGCAUUGGCAUGCACGUCGAGAUCCGGGACCCCGAGGAUAAGACGAUCCUCUCCAAGGUGUACAGCUCGGAGGGUCGCUUCAGCUUCACGUCCCACUCGCCGGGAGAGCACAUCAUUUGUCUCUACUCCAACUCUUCCAAGUGGUUCAGUGGAAGCCAACUGCGAGUGCACCUGGACAUCCAAGUGGGCGAGCACGCCGUCGACUAUGGCAGCGUGGCGCAGAAGGAGAAGUUGACGGAGCUUCAACUGAGGGUCCGACAGCUGCUGGACCAAGUGGAGCAGAUCACCAAGGAGCAGAACUACCAGCGGUAUCGGGAGGAGCGCUUCAGGCUGACGAGCGAAAGCACCAACUCGCGCGUGCUCUGGUGGUCGGUUGGCCAGACCAUCAUCCUCCUUCUCAUGGGUUUCUGGCAAAUGCGCCACCUCAAGAGCUUCUUCGAGGCAAAGAAAUUGGUGUGAAAAAGAAGACCGAGAGAAGACUGUCCAUACCUUUAUUUUUCUUUUUUUUCUCAAGCAGUUCUUGACUUUCUCAUUUGGUCUGUAUGCAUCUCAACGUGCAGUUUCUUAUUUCUUUGAGGACGGUGGUUGUGUCUUUGAACAUCAGCUGCAUCCCGAGGACUGUGCCCUAGCUGGUGUGAUUGAGUCAAGCGGCGAUUUUCCCCACCGCUGCCGUUCUAUUUACGAUUCUGUGCACACUCAAAUUUUGUGCUUGAGGCACGAGGAAGGUUUCUCUGAUAGCUUUUGGGCUAUUCGCGUAGGAAUAAGGUUUCAUGCGUGGAACCGUUUCUUAUAAAAGUUUUUUAAUUAAUCGGUGGGGACUGGGUGCUGUAAUUGCGAGAGAAUGUUGUUGUGCGAAUGAAGUUUCUUAUUUUUGAAGUAAUGCAUUAUGAUGUUUCAUUUGAUAAGUAGUUGACCAUGGUUUCUAAAUUAGAUUAGUGGAGCCCAGUUGAUUACAGCGAAGAUUAAAAGUCAGCAUUCUGGCAGGCUAAUGUAAAAAGAGUGACUGCUGUUUUUUUUUUUCCCAAUGUAUUUGAGUGUGUGCCACCCAUUUAAUCUUGUUUCAAGGUUGUGGUUUACUGGAAGCAGCAUGAAUGUGUGCCUGUGAAACGUUUGGUUUUAUGCCCGCAUGAAGCACUCCGAGCGGCAGAGCUGUUUCUCUCGGCUACAAGUUGCAUGAGCCAAUUGAAAGUGUCACUCGAUUGCCUCGCGGAAGUUGAAACCGUCUGCUGCAGUUGGGGCUGUCUUUGGACGAGAGUUAAAAGUGGCGUACCAAAUGCGUCCAUUGGCAUGUGCACUACCAGCUUAGUUGCAAAGCUGGGCUCUUCACAGCAAAAAAAGCCUUGCAUUUAACAGGUUUGCCAAAUUUUGUCACUUUUCACUUUUAUUUUUUCAAACUGGGCACCUCUUUUUUAACAUGUUGCUCGUGCGUGGCUAUUGAACUUGCCGUUCGGUGUACAUGCAUAAUUUUGCAGAGCUCGGGGUUGAGCCGUUUCUAGCAACUACUCUUCUUUCUUUCAAUGCAUUCUGAACGAUGGCCUGUGUAGAAGCAAGCCUGCCAGAUAUGACCCAAGCAGUCUGGACUAAACAUCCGGAGUGAAUGUGAAAAUAAAAUUUGAAAUAAAUUGAGCAUACAAAUUUCAA